GUCCUGUCCCUGGGAGGGCGGCUGCGCCUCUGGCCCUGGCGCGGGAUGAGCGUCUGCAUUGUGUCCCCGACUGCGCGGGUCUCUGUCCCUUCUCGGGCCUGGUCCGUUAAGGCGCCGCCGCCGCCGCGUUUCCUGCCCUUCAUCUCGCCUGCGGCUUAAAGGGCGUUGGGCCUUUUUCUGCCCCCAAGCGCGGCCUCUUCCCUUUGCUAAUUGAGUUGCAAGAACCGGAGAAGAAUUACUGGCUUGGCCAAUGUCCUACGAAGCCCCCGAUGCUUACGGGAUUCGUUGUUUCCCUCUCUUUCUAGCUGGUGGGCUGAAGGGAAACGACGUCAACCGGCGCCAUGUUCCUGUACAACUUAACUCUUCAACGGGCCACUGGCAUCAGCUAUGCCAUCCACGGGAAUUUUUCAGGUACUAAACAGCAAGAAAUUGUUGUUUCCCGAGGAAAAAUCUUGGAAUUGCUUCGUCCUGAUCCAAACACUGGAAAGGUUCAUACCUUGUUGACGGUAGAAGUUUUUGGCAUCAUUCGCUCCCUCAUGGCCUUCAGAUUAACUGGUGGGACCAAGGACUACAUUGUGGUGGGCAGUGAUUCAGGCCGCAUCGUCAUCCUGGAAUACCAGCCUUCUAAAAAUGUGUUUGAGAAAAUUCAUCAGGAAACCUUUGGCAAGAGCGGCUGCCGCAGAAUUGUUCCUGGACAGUACUUGGCUGUGGAUCCUAAAGGGCGGGCUGUCAUGAUCAGUGCCAUUGAGAAGCAGAAACUUGUGUACAUUCUGAACAGAGACGCAGCUGCUCGGCUCACCAUUUCUUCUCCAUUGGAAGCCCACAAGGCCAACACCUUGGUUUAUCAUGUGGUUGGAGUCGACGUUGGGUUUGAAAAUCCCAUGUUUGCUUGCCUGGAAAUGGAUUAUGAGGAAGCUGACAAUGAUCCCACUGGGGAAGCUGCAGCAAACACCCAGCAGACAUUGACAUUUUAUGAGUUAGAUUUAGGUUUGAACCACGUGGUCAGGAAAUACAGCGAACCGUUGGAAGAACACGGCAAUUUUCUAAUAACAGUUCCUGGAGGCUCCGAUGGUCCAAGUGGGGUACUGAUUUGCUCUGAAAACUACAUUACCUACAAAAACUUUGGUGACCAGCCAGAUAUUCGAUGUCCAAUUCCCAGGAGGAGGAAUGACUUGGAUGACCCUGAAAGAGGCAUGAUCUUUGUCUGCUCUGCUACCCACAAGACCAAGUCUAUGUUUUUUUUCUUAGCUCAAACAGAGCAGGGUGAUAUUUUUAAAAUCACCUUGGAGACUGAUGAGGAUAUGGUCACAGAAAUUCGGCUGAAGUAUUUUGACACUGUUCCUGUGGCUGCAGCCAUGUGUGUGCUGAAAACGGGCUUUCUUUUUGUGGCUUCUGAGUUUGGAAACCACUACCUCUACCAGAUUGCCCAUCUUGGAGAUGAUGACGAUGAGCCUGAGUUCUCCUCUGCAAUGCCUCUGGAGGAGGGGGACACCUUCUUCUUCCAGCCCCGGCCUCUUAAAAACCUGGUAUUGGUGGAUGAGCUGGACAGUCUCUCUCCGAUUUUGUCUUGCCAGAUUGCUGAUCUUGCAAACGAAGAUACCCCUCAGCUGUAUGUGGCAUGCGGAAGGGGGCCUCGUUCUUCUCUGAGGGUCCUAAGACAUGGCCUUGAGGUGUCUGAAAUGGCAGUCUCGGAGUUGCCCGGUAAUCCUAAUGCCGUGUGGACAGUGAGGAGACACAUUGAAGAUGAAUUUGAUGCUUACAUCAUUGUAUCUUUCGUCAAUGCCACCCUAGUCCUGUCUAUUGGAGAAACUGUGGAGGAAGUGACUGACUCAGGGUUCCUUGGUACCACACCCACCUUGUCCUGCUCACUGCUGGGAGAUGAUGCCUUGGUGCAGGUUUAUCCUGAUGGUAUCAGGCACAUAAGAGCAGAUAAACGAGUUAAUGAAUGGAAAACACCUGGGAAAAAAACCAUUGUCAAAUGCGCCGUGAAUCAGAGACAAGUGGUGAUCGCACUGACUGGAGGAGAGCUGGUUUACUUCGAGAUGGAUCCAUCUGGGCAGCUGAAUGAAUACACAGAAAGGAAGGAGAUGUCAGCCGAUGUUGUGUGCAUGAGUUUGGCGAACGUUCCACCUGGAGAGCAGCGCUCUCGUUUCCUUGCAGUUGGGCUCGUAGACAACACUGUACGGAUCAUUUCCCUUGAUCCCUCAGACUGUCUGCAGCCUCUGAGCAUGCAGGCUCUCCCUGCACAGCCAGAAUCCUUGUGCAUCGUGGAAAUGGGUGGCGCUGAGAAGCAAGAUGAGCUGGGAGAACGGAGCUCCAUUGGGUUUUUGUACCUGAACAUUGGCUUACAGAAUGGGGUGCUCCUCCGAACUGUCCUUGAUCCUGUCACCGGUGAUCUGUCUGACACAAGGACCAGGUACCUUGGGUCUCGCCCUGUGAAGCUGUUCAGAGUCCGGAUGCAAGGCCAGGAAGCGGUGCUGGCGAUGUCCAGCCGCUCUUGGCUGAGCUACUCCUACCAGUCCCGCUUCCACCUCACCCCGCUCUCCUACGAGACCCUGGAGUUUGCCUCUGGCUUCGCCUCAGAGCAGUGCCCGGAGGGGAUUGUCGCCAUUUCCACCAACACCCUGAGGAUUUUGGCACUGGAGAAGCUUGGCGCAGUCUUCAACCAAGUUGCCUUCCCGUUACAAUACACGCCCCGCAAGUUUGUGAUCCACCCCGAGAGCAGCAAUCUGAUCAUCAUCGAGACUGACCACAAUGCUUACACUGAGGCGACCAAAGCCCAGCGGAAGCAGCAGAUGGCCGAGGAAAUGGUGGAAGCCGCAGGGGAAGAUGAGAGGGAACUUGCUGCAGAGAUGGCUGCUGCUUUCCUAAAUGAGAACCUUCCGGAGUCCAUUUUUGGGGCUCCCAAAGCAGGAAACGGGCAGUGGGCCUCGGUGGUCAGGGUGAUGAACCCCAUCCAGGGAAACACUUUGGACCUUGUGCAGCUGGAGCAGAACGAGGCCGCCUUCAGUGUGGCCGUGUGCCGCUUUGCCAACACGGGCGAUGACUGGCAUGUCUUGGUGGGCGUGGCCAAAGACCUCAUUCUGAACCCGCGUUCGGUUGCCGGAGGGUUUGUCUACACUUACAAGCUGGUGAAUAAUGGUGAGAAGCUCGAGUUCCUGCACAAGACACCGGUGGAGGAGGUACCCGCAGCUAUUGCCCCCUUCCAAGGGAGGGUGCUGAUUGGUGUGGGGAAGCUCCUGCGAGUCUACGAUUUGGGCAAGAAGAAGCUGCUCCGGAAGUGUGAGAAUAAGCACAUUGCCAACUCCAUCUGUGGGAUUCAGACAGUGGGGCACAGAGUGAUUGUGUCUGAUGUCCAGGAAAGCUUCAUCUGGGUUCGAUACAAGAGAAAUGAAAACCAGCUGAUCAUUUUUGCAGACGACACCCAUCCCCGCUGGGUCACCACUGCCUGCCUCCUGGACUACGACACAGUGGCUGGAGCUGACAAGUUUGGCAACAUCUGUGUGGUGAGGCUGCCACCCAACACGAAUGAUGAGGUCGAUGAGGACCCGACCGGCAACAAGGCUCUGUGGGACAGGGGCCUCCUCAACGGCGCAUCCCAAAAAGCUGAGGUGAUCAUGAACUACCACGUAGGAGAAACCGUGCUGUCUCUGCAGAAGACGACCCUUAUCCCCGGAGGUUCCGAGUCCCUUGUUUAUACAACCUUGUCUGGAGGCAUUGGCAUCCUGGUUCCGUUUACAUCACACGAGGAUCAUGACUUCUUCCAGCAUGUUGAGAUGCACCUCCGCUCUGAGCACCCGCCUCUCUGUGGUCGAGACCACCUCAGCUUCCGCUCCUAUUACUUCCCCGUUAAGAAUGUUAUUGAUGGGGACCUCUGCGAACAGUUCAAUUCCAUGGAGCCCAACAAGCAGAAGAACGUGUCUGAAGAACUGGACCGGACUCCUCCAGAAGUCUCAAAGAAACUAGAGGACAUCCGUACGCGCUAUGCUUUCUGAGCUGAGCUGUUGGAGGACUUGAUACGGACUUAUUUUGAAGAUGUGUUGAAAGAAACUUCCUUGCCUGUCCCCAUUUUGUUUGCCCCUGUUUCUAUCCUGGAGCUCAGUAGGUCAUCGAACCCUCCAAGGGAUAAUGCCCCAUAAGCCCCAUAAGCCCAUUUCAGCGGAACUGCGAUGCCACAACCCCCACCCCAAAUCCCGGCCAGUGGGUAGCUUCACCAAUGAGCUGACCUGAUUGGUCUCAUCCAUUCUGAGUAAGAAGGAAAGCCUCGGGGAGUGAUGGGGGCUUGAAGCUACAACUGUUUUCCCUCCUAAUCAGAAUUUUGGAAAAAUUGUCUACUUGGUCACCCUACUGUUUCUAUUGUUUUUAACUUUUAUGUUGUAAAUAGUUUUGCAUCAAAUUAGUAUUUUGCUCGUUGGAGAGAUGGUGGUUACAAUCUUAAAGAAUUAAAAAAAAUACUGAGCUUGC